UGGAGACUUGGCUAAAGUAAGCAUCGCCGCCUCGGUUUUAACACAAAAUGGAACGCGAAAAUAAGAGGACUGUAGUUGUAUCGUUAGCUUCGUUUCGUGCUUGAAUUGAUUUAAUACACCGCUUCCUUGUGACAAUGUUGUUGUCGUUGAACGAAAUAAUGGCAUGCUGAAUCCAAAAGGCAAGAAUAUGGCUCCGUCUUUGACCCAACACGGCGCUCUUGUACAAGCAGAAAUCGGGCGUCAAACCCCUUCAGGAGCGGGCGACUUGCCGGCCGUGGAUUCCUGCUCUUCAUCUGGAAGUUCGAUGCACAGUCAAAAUCGUGUAGACGGCAUGAAUGAAGACAACGGCAGGAUAUGCAUGGAGAUGGAGAAUCUCAACGACGAACAAGAUGUAACAAUGGGGAGUCAACAUGAUCGUGGCGUUCGUCGGGGCUUUUCGACUUAUGCGCCUAGACGAGAGGACCAUGCAGAUGACAGAAAAGUGGGGAAUCAGCUGUUAGUUGACGGCCGAGCGCGGACAAGGGGUGAGACAAGGACAGGAUUCGGAUCAACUUCUCUCGCACGAGAUGAAAGAGUAUCACCA